UCCGCUCCUCCGAAAGCUAAGCUAAUAACAUAGCUAACUACCUGUACGGCUGUACAUCAGUUCAAUUGCACAUUCCACGUCUUUGCAUGUAAACACACGACAGGUUUACGAUUUGCAAAGAAUCUGGAACAAAGUUUACACAACUAACGUGACAUAUUUGAACGGCGCGUGGAAGAAGGUUGUGGUGUAGUUUGUCUUAUUUGUGGUUGUGGCGUUAAGCUCGCAGAAGGCCUCACACCGGAAGCAGAAAGAAGAUAAAAACAUUUAAGAUAACGUCUUGAAUCGUCAAAAGAAGGCGGGAUUCUUCAAAAUGCGAGGUUCUUAUGGAGACAGAGACCGUGGUCGCGACAGAGGAAGCCCUCGGUUUGGAUCCAGCAGAGGCGGCCCUCCACCACUGAAAAGAUUUGGAAAUCCUGGAGACCGUUUACGAAAGAAAAGGUGGGACCUGAAUGCACUUCCAAAAUUUGAGAAGAACUUCUAUACCGAGCACCCAGAAGUGCAACGAAUGAGUCAGUAUGACAUGGAGGACUACAGGAGGAAGAAGGAAAUAACUGUCCGAGGUUCAGGCUGCCCGAAGCCCAUCGUCAGCUUUCAUCAGGCACAGUUUCCCCAAUACGUGACGGAUGUGCUGAUGCAGCAGAAGUUUAAGGAGCCGACAGCCAUUCAGGCUCAAGGAUUCCCACUCGCCCUCAGUGGGAGAGACAUGGUGGGCAUUGCUCAGACCGGCUCAGGAAAGACUCUGUCGUAUCUCCUGCCUGCCAUUGUGCACAUCAACCACCAGUCCUACUUGGAGCGUGGAGAUGGACCCGUUUGCUUGAUCCUUGCCCCCACGAGAGAACUGGCGCAGCAGGUCCAGCAGGUGGCGCAUGACUAUGGGAAAUCAUCUCGCAUCAAAAGCACUUGUGUGUAUGGGGGCGCUCCCAAAGGACCCCAGAUUCGAGACCUGGAGAGAGGGGUUGAAAUCUGCAUUGCCACUCCGGGCCGUCUGAUUGACUUCCUUGAGGCGGGAAAGACCAACCUGGAGCGCUGCACAUAUUUGGUUCUGGAUGAGGCUGACCGCAUGCUGGACAUGGGAUUUGAACCGCAGAUUCGCAAAAUUGUGGACCAGAUCAGGCCGGAUAGACAGACGCUGAUGUGGAGCGCCACCUGGCCCAAAGAGGUGCGCCAGCUGGCUGAAGACUUCCUUAAAGACUACGUGCAGAUUAACGUCGGAGCCCUUGAGCUCAGUGCCAACCACAACAUCCUCCAGAUAGUGGACGUGUGCAUGGAUAGCGAAAAGGACCGCAAGCUGAUCCAGCUGAUGGAGGAGAUCAUGGCCGAAAAAGAGAACAAGACCAUCAUCUUUGUGGAGACCAAGAAGCGGUGCGAUGACCUCACACGUAGGAUGAGACGCGAUGGGUGGCCGGCCAUGUGCAUUCACGGAGACAAAAGCCAACCGGAGAGGGACUGGGUGUUGUCAGAGUUCCGUAGUGGCAAAGCCCCCAUCCUCAUCGCUACCGACGUGGCUUCCCGUGGUUUGGACGUGGAGGACAUCAAGUUUGUCAUCAACUAUGACUAUCCCAACUCCUCGGAGGACUACAUCCAUCGGAUCGGCCGCACGGCCCGCAGCACCAACAAAGGCACGGCGUACACCUUCUUCACGCCGGGGAACAUCCGCCAGGCCCGCGAGCUGCUCCGGGUUCUGGAGGAGGCCAGACAGGCCAUCAACCCCAAACUGCUGCAGCUGGUGGACACUGGUCGUGGAGGCGGAAGCGCUCGCCCACGUUUCCGAGGCAGCUCCACCUCCAACAACCCCAACUUGAUGUACCAAGACCAGUGCGAGCGGCGAAUGGGCGGCACCAAGGACGGCCGCAGCAGCAGCAGCAGCUACGGCCGCGACAGUCGAGGCGGAAGCAGCCGAGACGGGGACCGCCUGGCCUCCUCCUCCUCUUCCUCCUCCUCCUCCUCUUACAGGGAUCGCAGCAGCAGGGACGGAGGACGCAGCUACAGCUCCGCCUCCAACCAGAGCAGUGCUAACAGUACCGGCAGUAACCAGUACAGCGCCAUGCCGGUGGGGACGGUGACAGCCCCCCCGCCUCUAAUGGGCCAGCAGUUCAACACAACCCAGCCUAUGAUGGCUCACUCCGCCUACCAGUUUGCUCCGCCUCCAGCGCCGCUGCCUGCGGGAAGAAAGUAACUUACACUUCAUCCACACCAGCUGAUUACACACAAACUGCAAAGUAACUCACACUUCAUCCACACCAGCUGAUUACACACAAACUGCAAAGUAACUCACACUUCAUCCACACCAGCUGAUUACACACAAACUGCAAAGUAACUCACACUUCAUCCACACCAGCUGAUUACACACAAACUGCAAAGUAACUCACACUUCAUCCACACCAGUUGAUUACACACAAACUGCAAAGUAACUUACACUUCAUCCACACCAGUUGAUUACACACAAACUGCAAAGUAACUCACACUUCAUCCACACCAGCUGAUUACACACAAACUGCAAAGUAACUCACACUUCAUCCACACCAGCUGAUUACACACAAACUGCAAAGUAACUCACACUUCAUCCACACCAGCUGAUUACACACAAACUGCAAAGUAACUCACACUUCAUCCACACCAGCUGAUUACACACAAACUGCAAAGUAACUCACACUUCAUCCACACCAGCUGAUUACACACAAACUGCAAAGUAACUUACACUUCAUCCACACCAGCUGAUUACACACAAACUGCAAAGUAACUCACACUUCAUCCACACCAGCUGAUUACACACAAACUGCAAAGUAACUCACACUUCAUCCACACCAGCUGAUUACACACAAACUGCAAAACAUCUUUGUCAUCGUUCACGUUCCUCUAGCAGCUGUUUGUAGGUGGGCCUGCUCUUUGGGGAAGUGAGUACCGUCAUUUCCUGCUCACUUUAUUGUACAAACGUCCUGACACAUGAAACAUUUACACAGGCUUCACAAGCACACAGCAGCUGAGCGCUCUCUCUAUCCUCAUCCUGCACUCUGAAGUCCUCUCUAUCCUCAUCCUGCACUCUGAAGUCCUCUCUAUCCUCAUCCUGCACUCUGAAGUCCUCUUUAUCCUCAUCCUGCACUCUGAAGUCCUCUUUAUCCUCAUCCUGCACUCUGAAGUCCUCUCUAUCCUCAUCCUGCACUCUGAAGUCCUCUUUAUCCUCAUCCUGCACUCUGAAGUCCUCUCUAUCCUCAUCCUGCACUCUGAAGUCC